GUCGCAGCGCUCGGAGCGGAGCUUUACUUCCCACACUUCCCCGGGCCGCGCGUCUUCAGGCUAACCUCCCGGUCUCCAAGUCAACUUUUGGAAUUUGGUUCUCAGGGAUGGCUGCAUCUGUUCUGGAGGAGGAAACACGUUAUGGCUCGAGUCCUUUGGCAAUGCUGACCGCCACCUGCAACAAAUUUGGCAGCACCAGUCCAGUUCGCGACACAGCCACACCAGGAAAAGCCGGAGGUGCAGCAUCAGUAAAGAAACCUUACAGCAUGACUUCUGACCUGCAGGCACCUAAAAAUGGCCGAAGCAGCGAAGGCCUAGUUGACUCUUAUAGCAGCUCAUUCAGUACAGGUGGAGGCCUACUUACCCCCACCGGCAGCCCUCCUCCACCCACAGGAGCAUACACUUCUGACUACAACCCUUUCUCCUCUUUCCAAACCUCCUCAGCCUCUCAGGAUCCUUCACUGUUGGUGACCAAAGCACACGCCACAGCUGACUGCCUGACCAGUGUCUACACCUCGCUUGACAUGACGCACCCAUACGGCUCUUGGUACAAGGCAGGCAUUCACCCUGGUAUCACAGCUGCACCUGCCAAUGCCACAUCCUCCUGGUGGGAUGUCCACCCCAGCUCCAACUGGCUGAGUGCUGGCCAAACCCAGUCGGAUGGUCUCCAGGCCCCUCUGCAGCCUGUGGCUCCUCAGGCCUCCCUCAGCCCCCCUAUGUCCAGCUAUAGCUCCGACUUCACUCCCCUCAACCCAGCGCCAUAUCCUUCUGUGGGUCUCAGCUCAUCCUCACACCUCCUACAGUCCUCCCAGCACAUGCUCCCACAGGACAUGUAUAAGCCCAAGCCAGUAGCCAGUGGCAGCCUUAUUGAGAGCCCCAUGGGCCUAAAGCCAACUCGGGGUUCUGGGGCAUAUACAGGCAGUUCUGCCACCAGCAGGUCCUCCUGUGACUGCCCCAACUGCCAAGAGCUGGAACGUCUAGGUGCAUCUGCUGCCUCACUGCGCAAAAAGCCUGUACACAGCUGCCACAUUCCAGGCUGUGGAAAGGUCUAUGGCAAGGCCUCGCACCUCAAGGCCCACCUGCGCUGGCACACAGGUGAACGACCUUUUGUGUGCAACUGGCUCUUCUGCGGAAAGCGCUUCACACGCUCCGAUGAGCUGGAGCGCCAUGUGCGCACACACACGCGCGAGAAAAAGUUCACAUGCCUUCUGUGCAACAAGCGAUUCACGCGCAGCGACCACCUCAGUAAGCACCAGAAGACCCACUCUGAGGCCAGCCUGCAGGGAAAAGCUGGGAGUGGAGAGAGUGAGUCAGAACCCAGGGGCCCAGAUGAGUCUGUAGACCCAAGUGACGGGGCCCCAGCUGGUCCAGGAAAUGGCAUGCAAGAGCACACAACUAAUGGAGAGGAGAAGAACACCACAGGAAACCCAGUAGAGAACAGUAGUGGACUGCUGGAGAUAUAACCACCAUAUCUGGGGAAAGGAUCUUCAGAUUAAGCUGCUGUUCUAAUCGGUGCUAAUCAGCAUUUUAAAAAAUAUAAUGAAUAAGUGUUUUUUGACAAUAUUCUUUAAAUACAUUUUGUUGCCCGUAAAGGGAAACAAUGCACCACUAUCACAGAUAUUCUCCUGUGGAAAAUGAAGGAACAGUGUGUGAGAACAAGAAAGUGUGGGACAUUAACAUGAACUUUUGUUUGAUAUGCAAACCUAGUCAGGCCUAUGUUUUGGCAAAGCUUUUAUGAUUCUGGAUUUUUUUUUGUUGUUCUUUUAAGCUGUUCAGUUCAUUUGUUAAUCUUUGUCCUUUCUGAUCACUAUCUUAAAUGGUGUUAUAGAUGGUACUAUUAAAACAUGAUAAGAUGCAAUUUUUUUUUACCAUGGUUUUGUCAGUGACCAGUGGUUUGUCCAGGAUUUCGGACUUUACCAUCAGUUCUUUUUACAAAAAGUGCAGUGUUGAGAAAAAAAGGACUCUUUAGUUUUGCUUAUUUAAUCACAAUCAUUUCUAAAGUUAAAAUAAUUCUUUAAGAAGCCCCUAGCAGAUCAGGGCUCAUGAGUCUGUGUUGGCUGCAAAAAGGGACUACAGUGUACAGUUUAGUAUUUCCUUGAGUUCCAUUUGAAUGCUGUUUUUGUCUUAUUUAAUUUCCUAUUUACAUAAAAUUUUAUUUAUGCCUUAAAUUAUGAACAAUAACAAGAGACAAUCUUGCAUUUUACUGGCAUUAAAAUGGGAAAUGGGAAACACUCAGUGAAAGCAAAGCCAGUCAUGAAUAAAUAAAGAUUUUGCAUUUUAUGUGAUUAUUUAUUUAUUUUUUCACUGUUGAUUUUCAGGUUCUGAUGGCUGUUGUAUGAACUCUGUUUGUGGAAUAUUAAAAGCCAAACUGUAAGGAUUAAAGUGGAUUUUUCUGAAGUGUCAAUUUAAUUUUAAUUAUUUUUACCAGUUUGUAAAUAUGAAACUCAAGUUAUGAAUUCCCAGCUAACUGUAUGUCUUUAUAAUUAAAUUAAGUGAAAUGCA